CAGAGCGCGUGAAGAUGGAGCCCAGUGCAGCCGCCCGUUUCCACGACUCUGUGACACAGUUUAAAACCUACGAAGAUUACCUGGACUCCAAAGUGACGCCAACGGAUUUAUUUUACUUAAAAAGCAGGGAGUUGGCCCGUAAGCUGGUGGAGCACAGCCACAAGGGCACAGUCCUGAGCAGGGAGGAAUUUGAGGAGAAGAAAGCAGCUGCACAGGCUGCAGAGGCUGCAAAGAGCAACACUCUCUACAGCAGUAGCCAGCCAAUGACACUGGCAAGUGCAGGAAAAGAACUCAAAGAUAACUUCCUGAAAGCCCUGGCAGAGCGAGAGGAGGCCAACCGCAGUGGGAAAAUGACUUCGGUCAUUUUCAUAAGGGAUCAUAAUACUCUUGGACAGGAAGUAUCUGGCUAUAUAGACUACGCCCACAGACUCAAGACCCAAGAUUUUGAACCAUAUUUCAGCGGAAAGAAGAGACUCAUGCCAGGACGCUCGGAUUUAUGCUACUACAACUGGAAGACACAGGUGUCCACGUCCAACUCCAGCCCUAACUUCGAGGUGAUUUAUGACGACCCUAACGGCCUUCUCUUCAAGAACAAAAGGGACAAGAAGAUCCUGAAUGUGGACCCCUUGUCUGGUCCUGGUGAGGACUCCAUCAGGACAUUCCUGCAGUCGGACCUCUACAUCCAUGUCGUCAUCUACGACCACAACAUCAGGACAGUCUGAGCUUCAGAGGCUGCUGCCGACACAUUCAUACAUAUGGCAUAUAUUGGAGAGCACUGGAAGCCUCUAAUUUGACUGAGUUGCUGCAGUCAUUUACAAACUGUUGCCCUCAUAUCAUGCAUGCCAUCUGGGUGGAGGUGCUGCUUUAAACGGAGGAUUCCCAGAGGAAGAAGUGGACGGACUAGACAACUUCAGAUUUUGUGACGUUAUCCUCUGAUAAAGCUGUUGAAUAAUUUUACUGUGAAGCUUUGAAUUCUUUUCUCCCACUCAGUGAAGACCCAGUUUGGCUCAGUUUAUUUGGCAUUUCCCGGAGGAAUGGAACCUGCUCGGGGACCCCGGGCUCGUCCCGUCGUUUGGCCUGGCAUGUUUUGGGCUGUUUGUCUAAACAAAUUAAAGGCGUAAGAGCUUUGAAAGAUGAUGGGGGUUGCUUUUAUGUCCUCCCCCAGGCUGCGGUAGCUCCAAUUGGACUGGAAGAAUGGGUAAUGGGCUUAAAGCAUUCCGCAUGUUCCCAGAUGCAAGGCACACUUUACAGGACAUCAAAGUGCUCUGUCAUUUACAUAUUAGUCAUUCACUAUGGCAUUUUUUAAUGGAAGGCAACACUAUAAAUAACCUGCUUUAGGAAUUAUUUAGGAAGCACAGAAGACUUUUAGAAACGUUUGUCCCUUUCAACUACAUUUUCUUUUUUUUGCAUUUAUUGUUUGAACACAUGGUAGGAAUCAGCCCCACCACAAGUAACAUUAUCUAUGUCUAUAAGCUAACAAAUUACAGGGUCUUUGUUAUUUGUUUAGAAAUUAGUUUGUAGGCUCUGCAGACACAUAUGGGGGGACACUUUUUCCAUUUGGUCACAAAGAAACAUCCUGCACAUGUACAAGCUCUGUGGAGGCAUUCAUGUGCAGUCCCAACACAGAAUACAGUGUCCACUUUAUGCAAACAUGAACUUUUAACUCAGCAGUGAACAUUUUCCUCCAUUUCUUUAAUUGCUCCUAAAAUGCUGUCAAAUGAAAAUGUAAACUAAAGGAACAAAAGUACAAAAAAUUCAGGUUUCUUAUAAAGCUGUCACUCACAAAAAUGGCAUAAAGAGCAACCAAAAUACUAUUUUUUAAAAAUAAUAGUUUGACAUGUUUGGAGGGAAAUAUAUCUAUUUACUUUCUAAGAGUUGAGGCCCUUACACAUGGCGGGCUGGACGGAUACACAACACAAAAAUGCAAAAUACUCACCCGCAUAAUAACUGUAUAUUCCUGUGACAGUUGCAACAAGUCUGUCAUUAUUGUGACAUUAGGACGUGAUGUAGAUUUUGCACAGCAUGAUUGGUUGAUGCCUUAACUCGAGGUCAGGAAAACCGACCUUGUUCCCCCAAAAACAUUAUGUUGAUUUUUUUGUUGUGUUUCGCUGCGUACUUGUGUUCCGUGUCAAAGUAUUCAUGAUAUCAAUCUCAAAUCAAAUGCACAAGGAAAAAAAAAUAUAUAACCAGCAGUCAGCUUGGGGAGUAUCACCAUAUUACAGUACACCACAGUAAAAAAUAAAGACGCUCAUCUUUCUAUUAAUCUGUUGUUAGAGAGGCUGUAUUGAGGAUGUAUUAUAUGUAGUGCACACCACGCGCCACCAGAGGUCAGUGUGGUGUAACAGGGGAUAACGUUACAGGACUGCAUAGAUCAGCCUCUCAUUGGGCGGAACGAGCCACCCGCUGAAGUCCCGCCCUACCACCUCCGGUUGCAGUUUUCAACACGUACUUUACUAACUUUUGCGGUGUUCGAUCUUGCGGGGAUGUAGCCAUUUUUCUGCCAUGGUUUGCGUCCUGUAGGCGAUAUUUUUGUGGGCAUGUUGCACCAAAACCUGUUUCCCCCCGGCAAUAUUUUUGCAAGCGCACCAUUGCUGUGGCACCGCCCAGAACGAUUGUGAUUGGUUGAAAGAAAUACAAGCGGCCGGGGUGUUUUUUUCUCCAAUCUUAAAGUGAGAGUCGGCCCAGCCAGACCUUUCUUUUCUUGAGAAAGGUCUGGUGAGCGAGACUACAGGACUGUAAACAGCAGGCUCGCAAAAAAUGCAUAUUUUCAAUCUAACUGUGAUUUAAGGGUUUACUUUGAUAAAACCAGAGUUUGUUAUUUAUGGAACAGGCACACUGAAUAACUAAACGACUAACCAAGAUGAUUUUGGUGAGUUUAAUUUUGUUUCUGUCAUGUUUGAAUGAAGCUAGUCGGUGGGUGUAUGACUGUAUUUUUCUGUUUAACAAGGAAAUUGUGUGUAAGAGAAUUACUUCCUUGACAUUUUCUGGAGUUUAUUGUUUAUUAGACCGAAGAAGAUAAGAGCACUUGCAGAAUGUUGGAAAGUCACAGAUGGGAGGUGGAGGUUAGUGCUGCAUGCUCAUAUCAUCAUAUACCGUAUACCCCGGUGAAAUUUCAGGAAGAAAGGAAAGUAUGAAAAAAUAGAUACUGCCCAAGCCUAGCCCUCGGUGUGUAAAGGCCUUUAGAUGUCUGUAUGGUACAUAUUACACUACAGCCAGAAGCCAUGUUAGCUUAGCUUAGCUUCAAGACUGGAAAUGGGGAAAUCCACCCAUGAGCACCUCUCAAGCUCAACGAUCGGCAUAUCAUAUUUGUUUAAUCCCAAACAGGUUUCACUGCGAAGUUGUUGAAAUGAUAAGCUGCCAGAAGUUAAGGCAGCAGAAGUCCGAGUGGUGCAGGAGGAAGGGAUGGUGGAUGGGUUCAACAAACCUCGACUUUCACCUGAGAGAGCGGUGUUCGUGUCCCGUAAGAUUAUAAAGCCAAAACCUGUUCCUUCUUCCUGAACCGAACCACGUGCAUUUAUUUUGAAAGACACUGUAUGUAAACAUUAAAUUUCCUGUGAAAACAGAAGUGUAUUUUUACAGAAGACAAUGCAUGUAACAAGCAGAACUUGACACGGUGUCCCAGAACGUCAACAACCGACACACCCAGGGUACCUUGCAAGUCGUAUCUGGACUUGUUAAGUCCAUGACCAAACGUUGAUAUGUGACGAGGUCGGAGUGAGAAUGUGUUGUUAAACCAUGAAAAAGACAAAAUUGUGGUUUUUCAGGGGGUUGUGCCAGACUAUUUCCUAUAUUGUUUCCUGUAUUGUUUUACCCAUGGACCUUUUCCCCUUGUGUGCUACCAUCAAGCUAAGCUAACUGUCUUCUGGCUGUAGCUUAAUAUCUAAUGCUUAGACAUGAAUUUUUUAAUUGUGUCAUCCAAGUCUCUGCCAGACAGUUUAUUUCCCAACAUGUUGAACUGUUCCUUUAAACCAACAUAGUGGCAGCCAUGCUUCCCACUGUACCAAUGUCCCCUGCAUCCAUUCAGUUAAAAUUUAUCUAUAAGAGUUACGGGGUUUAAACAAAUGAGUUCAUCCUUACACAAAGCUCUUAUAUCCCUCAGCCGCCCGCUCACCAGAGCAGUGUUUCACCGGCUGCAUCUGUUUGUCUGUUUUGACUGAAUCGGACUCUUUUUGGCCUCAUUGGAACAAUAUGUGUGGUGACAUGGGGAUGUGGGUUCUGGUUCUGUAAAAGCAGGGGUUUGGGGAAUGGGGGUCUGGUUUGGGGUUUCCUUAGUCAGUGGUUUUUUUUAAAGUAGAUCUGAGUUCUGGCCUGUUUUCGGAUGAUGAUGAACAGUUUGUGAAAGUCUUCAAAAGCUAUAAAAAUCAAUGUGAUUAACAGGCUGGACAGGAGGUGGCUUUUAAUUUAUUUCCUCCUUCUCCAACUUCCAAAUGUGUUUUUGUUGUUGUAUGUCUAUAAAUACAUUUUGAAAUGUCUAUUUUGGGCUGUUUUUGUCAAAGCAGCUCUGGAAAAAACAGGUUUGUGUUUGCUGUCGUCUCAACAACACCAACAGGACUAACAAGGAAAGGAAGCAAAUUCAAAUUUGGCUGAAGGGUUGUGUUGGGAAUGUCAUUUCCUCUUUGACCUCUGUCUAAAAGGCCAGAUUUAACCUCAGGGGGAGGGCUGUCCACCUGACUGUCUCACUAUCUCAAUAUCUGCCCUGCUUUGUUUUUUCUGUCGGGAGGAAGAACUCAAACUGGCUGGGUGGCAAAUGAACAUCUCACCCUCAUCUACAGCUGUUUAGAUUUACAGACCACAGCUCAUUCAUGUGGCUCAGUGAUGGUGAUGAAACAUCCUGCUCUGCUCUCCCUCCCUGAAAGUGGCAUCAGUCGCUCUGAACACCUACCAAUCAAAACAGCAGAUGUGCACAUGAAAAAAUAGCCAAUUACGCUGCCGGUGGAUCGACAAACAAGCAAGUGCCGCUCAUGAAAUGCAACUUUUUAUGUGCCUCACCUCUGUGGAAGACCAAACCUCAAAAAAACAAGUUGCUGGAACUCACCCAGACAGAUGAUGUGUCUGUAAAUAGUAAUGAUUUCACAAUAAAGUCUAA